CCUUCCAACUUUUUCUCUUUUUUUUUUUUUCAUUCUUCUCUCAUAACUACCAACACCUUCCAUUCCUUCUUUAUUUCUUUCCUUUUUAAUAUUAUUGGUAGUUUAUUAUUCCUAUUUCUUCAUCUAUCUACUAUCAUUAUUUUAUUAGUUUAUACAAUACCCAAAAAUCUUCAUCUACUUUAGAAAUAUGGAUACUUCUCCUUUUUUUAAAGUCUUUUCUACAGAACGACCUAAAGAUGGUAUUGAAUUAAUGCAAACACGUUUACGAUCAGCUCUUAAACUUAAUGAUGAAUUGGCUGAUUAUUUUAAAGAAAGAGCUAUAGUGGAAGAUUUGUAUGCCAAAAAUCUAUCAAAAUUGAAUAAAAAACUCUUUAUUACUGAUAAAUCAGCGCUUGGAAUCAUGUUACCAGCUUGGGAAAGAAUACAAAAUGAACUUCAUGAUACUGCUAUUAUUCAUUCUACUUUUGCAACAAAAAUGGUAGAUGAUAUUGAAAAAUCUCUACGUUCAGCUAUCAUAAAUGAUCAAGUAUAUGCUGAAAUUCGUCGCAUGGAUCCUACUUUUCAAAAACUUGCUAAAGAUUAUGACGAUCGUCAAUUGAAACUAGUCAAGCAUAAGAAAACAAUUGACAAGGCAGGCAAAAAACCAAGUGACGCAGAAAACAAAUACAAUGAAGCCAAGAAACAAUUGGAUAUAAUAAAAGAAGAAUGGCAACAAUAUUCCUCCAAAUACAUUCAGUUAUUUCAAAGUGUGGAUGAACAUCGAUGGCAUGAUAUUAAAAAUUAUCUCUUACAAUUUGAAACUCUCCAAACUGAUCAAAUGUUAAAACGUGUUCAGUUGGCUGGUGACAAUCUGGCAUCUGUAUCUGAUUUUACUGUAGAAAAUGAAAUUAUGGCCUUUUGUACUCAAUAUGAACCUACUACUACUACCACUAUCAAAUCUCAAAACGUACCAACGACAACAUCUUCUAUGCCACCUAUCUCUACCGUCUCACCAUCAUCAUCAUCAUCUAUGCCAACAUCUCCACCCUCUACUAAUGAACCAACGUCUCCUUAUCAAUCAUCAUCCUUUACACCAUCACUACUUAUUGAUACAUCUGAUGAUCCUGUGCAGCCACAAUCAACAAAAUCUUCCGAAUCUAUUACUUCUCGUACAACUACUGGAACUCGUACACUUCCUUCUGUUAUAGAAGACGCUGAUUAUACUCAUUCUACUUCCCGUCCAAAUGCUCCUUCCAUCAAAUCUAACAAGAAGUCUGAUAAACAAAGAAAGUUUCUCUCUUCAUUCACCAUUCGUCGAAAAUCAAAAGCAAUUGGUACAAAUGGUGUCAUGCUUCCUGAUAUACCUGAUUUUACUAUGCAACCCUCAGCUGGAAAAGCAUCUAGUAUCAUGGACAAUGCCAGUAUUCAUUCUAUUCAAGAAGAUGACAAACCUACAACAACAACACCAACGACAACAACUGAUAAUCAACAACAAGACAAAUUAUCACAUUCACUACAUACUCCAACUCUUCGUAAAACCACCAGUUUUGCCGACAGUUUCUUCAAUCAAUCACCACCAUCACAUCAACAACAACAACAACAUCAUAAAAAUACACCACCUGAUAUUAUCGUUGAUGAAGAAGGAUUUUCUAUUCCACCACCAGAUCGUUUACCAUGGACUACUUCACCUACUUCAGAUACAAUGACGAGUGAACAAGAUUCUAGUGAUCUUACAUCGAUGGAUAGUGCUAGUUUAUAUGGUACACCUCGUAUUAAACUCGAUAUCAAGAAUGAUUCUGUGAUUCAAGAAGAUGCCAAGACGUCUCAGGUAGCUCUUACUCGUGUGGCUUCCAUGUUGAAAGAAAGUAAUCCAGGCACAUCCAAACGUCCAAGAGGAAGAAGAGAAUUACGAUCUCAAUAUUUACAAGGUAAUACAUUAUCAAUCUAUCAAACAUCAUCAUCAUCACCAUUGGCAAUAUCAGCAAUAUCAGAAACAGAAACCAACGACAAUCAAAAACCAACAUCCACAAAACCUAUCAUCUCUCCUUUUGCUCAUGAUGAUGAUGAUGAUUAUAGUAUUCAAGAAUCAAUGGUUACACCAACAUUAGAAGAAACUGUGAACAGUUUGGAUCUUGCGUCACCUACCAAUUAUAAAAUGACAACAUCAUCUAUUAGUAUUCGUAUCAAGGAAGUGAUUCAUGCACAACUUCAACAAGGCAAAAGUCAACGUAUGAUGGUGAUGGGUGAAAUGGCUAUUUUAUAUGAAGGAGUGAAUGAUGAACCUGUUCAUUUUAUAUUGAAACAAGAUGGAUUACAAAUGACAAGUUUAGUUGAUUAUAUUACAUGUGUGGAACAAGUAAAAGAAGGAAUGGUAUAUCGAUUGGAUCCUAAAAUGAUGAAGCAACAGAAAGAAGAUUAUAAGAUAUGUUUUAAAUACCAACAAGAACAACAACGGGAAGAUGAUGAUCAACAGCAAUCUUCUCAUUCAAGUUUGGUGGCACCAUUAUUGGUGAAACCCAUGUGGAAAUGUGAUGGUGAUCAGGCGAGACUAAUGAUCAAAUAUAAUCUAAGCAACAAACAAAAUGGACCUCUAUGUCAAGUGAUGAUGGUGACUCAUGUGGGUGGUGGAUGUCAUGGUGCUCAAAGUAUGCCAACAGGACAAUGGACGGUAGAUCAACAAAGAAUGAUGUGGCAAUUGGAUAAUGUAAAAGAUCAAGAAGAACAAGUGAUCCGUGCUAAAUUUGCUACUACUUCACAAGCUGAAAUUCAACCUAUUAUGGUCCGAUUUGAAAUGGAAAAUCAAUUGGUAUCUCAUCUUCAAGUCAUAGAACAAAUUGAAAAUAAUAAUAAUAAUAAUAAUUCAUGGGUGAAUACAUUAGUGAAUAUCAAACAAGUUGAAAAGAAUACUCGAAGUGGAAAGUAUAUUGCCCAAGUUUAGAAUAACUGCACAUCUUGUUAUUAUUAUUAUCAUUAUUUAAUAAAUAAAUAUAUAUUUUUUUUGUUAUUUU